ACUCGCAGUCGGUCGCAGACGUCGCCGUAACCACACGCGUGUUAGUGGCCCUAACGCGGCAAUUACAAGCACCAUCGCGCGGAUAACUUAUGUUCGUUGGCACCAGUGACUCAAUUCUAUUGUUCACUGAGAUACGUAAACAUAAACAAUCAUUGUGACAAGUGCGUCUAAAGACAAUUUUAUUGAUAUCAUAAUAAACAGCAGUGCAGUUGACUCGCGAAUAAAGAAUGUUGGUCAAGGAGCGUUUAAUAAAGUGGAAACAUCGGCGAUAAGAUAAAGCUAUUAUACCUCACAAUAAAUGUUAUCGCGAUUAGCAAUAGAGUGCAGUUCGAGAAGAGCACAGUGUUAAAAUUGCGUCCUUCCUUUCUAUUCAAGCGGCAGAGACGAUGCUGCAAUCUAGUCGCCUGCGCACACACACCAUUUGUUGACGCAUGCGGCAGAUGUGAGAAUUCGAAAACAGUGUGCCACCCCGUUUGUUUGUGUUCUACGAAUAAGUGCAACAGUACCUGACAGGUAAUCAGUGACGCUAAUGAUGGGCCAGCGCUCUGAACUGGCUACGCCUGACAAUAGUGACGAAGAGAGCGGAGAAGCCUUUACUGAUGGUGAUUUUGGUGAUUCUGAUGACGAAACUAUCGUCGAACGCCAUGAAGAGGCUAAGCCUUCACACUUGCCGAUCAAUGAAACUGUGAAUAAGGAUAUUGAAAAAAUUUCAGCUACUAAUGGACACUCUAAUGGAAGCGUAGAUGGGUCACCCAGAAUGAACGGUCGCAAAAACAGUGAAGCCCAUUCAAGUGAUUCAGAAAACCAAAGCUUAGUGUUAUCAGAUUUGCGCAGAGAUUCGCAUAGUGACCAAAAUCCUUCAAUAGUUGGCAUUCUUGGCGAUCAGCAAAACCAUGCGGAGCAGAGACUGGCGGCACGGCGGGCGGCGCGGGCGGAGGCGCGCGAAAUACGCAUGCGCGAGUUGGAGCGCCAGCAGCGCGAACAGGAGGACCAUGCCGACAAGGCCUACGAUAUGUAUGCGGGGAAGACACCAGAGACAGUGGGACGCCGACCCCGACUGGCGGCGCUCAGCCCCGCCGUGCACUCACCACGACGCAGCUCUGAGGACUCUGCCGACGAUGGAUUCAGCAUUAAGGACCUCAGGCACGAGUUGAAGGAGGUAGAAGAGAAGUUCCGCAAGGCGAUGAUCCUGAACGCGCAGCUGGACAACGACAAGGCGGCGCUCGGCUACCAGCUCGAGCUGCUCAAGGACAGGAUAGAGGAGCUGCACGAGGAGUACGCGCAAUUACAGCGCGAGCACAAGGAGAAAUGCUCAGCAUUCGAGCGCUUACGCCGCGAGCACGAGUCCGUCGUGGCGUCGCUCACACUCGCGCGUGACGCCGUGCGAGCCCGCGACGCGGCCGCCGCCAGCGCCGGCUUCGCCUUCAUCGACGCGGCGGCACUGGAGCCGGCGGCGAGAGGCAAUGCUGGGGAAGCAAUGGGUGACGUGCCGGCGCUGGCGCUCGUCACGCACGAGGCGCAGCAGCUGCUGCACGACGCCGGCGAGGGGACGCUCGACGUGCGGUUGCAGAAGCUGGUGAGCUCGAAGCAGGCGCUGGAGUCGGAAGUCCGCAAGCUGAAGCUGCAGCUGAACGAGGAGCGAGCCGCCAGACAGAACGGCGUCGCCAACCAUCACGACCAAGAGUACGAGAAUGAAUUGGAGACAGUCCGCAAGUCAGUAGCGGAGGCUAAAGGCCGGGCCGCCCGCGCCGAGGCCGAGGCCGCGCUGCAGGCCGCGCACGUGGCCCGCCUCGAGGCGCAGCUCGCGCGCCUGCGGGCCCGCCAGGACCACCAGGACGAGCACGAGGACCAGCUCAAGCAGGAGCGGCGGCGGCUGCAGAGAGAGGCUCGGGAAGCUCUCAACCGGGUUGAGGAGUUGGAGACUGAGAACAGCCACCUCACGAAACGACUGGACAAACUCAAGAAUGCCAAGUCCGCGUUGUUGAAAGACCUGUGACAAUAAACACGAAUUACGACAUCAGCGAUAGCGCGAUACACGUGUGAAAUGGAACGCAGCAUGUAGGUGAGGACUGACGUAAACGUACCGACAGACGAAAUAUCAUUUUCAUAUAUUAUUACAUUCAUCUAUAGAAAUAUGUUUCAUAGAAUAUGUAUGCAGGAGAUGUCAAACAUUGAAUUAUUCAGUCGAUAAUAAUUUAUCAUUCUCAACAUAAUAAUUUGAUUUUUUCUUAUAAUAACUUGACUUUGACUUUAUUAUUUCGAUCCUUUAUGUUGAUCAUAAUUUUCGCAUUUCGCUUCGGUGGCACGCGAUACAUUUUUGAUGGUCGGUAGCAAACUGAAAUGUAUCGCAUGUUUUUAUUAACAAUUUAAGAUUUGUAGGCGAAGUGAUGAGUCUAUGUGACGUUUAUAUGUAUGAGUGAAGAAGUAGACUUGUUCACGAAGUCUGCGAAAAACAUCAUUAGCGCCUAUACAUUUAUCAUAGCCAAACUGAAGACUUCGCGAAUGAGUACUAUUUCAUAAAUGUUGGCAUUUCCGUAAGGAAUGUAACCAUAAGUCAUUUAGGUGAAAGCUCGGCGACGCUUUUACCGUUUGUAAGAUAUUCAUGUCCGGUUGGUUCAGACGCGACAGCGGACGAUGUGUAUUAGAUUUAACGAUAAAUACAUUUUGGAUAGUUCAUGAAAAACUAAGAAAAUGAGUCUGAUUAAAUGCUAUUGCUGCCCCGUCUGAACCAAUGCUUUUGGUAACCUACAACAUUUUUGUAUGAAUCGAUAGUAGAUGUACUUUGAAUGCCCAACGUGGCAAUGCAAAAAUGUCCUAGAGUAACCUAAUUAAUGCAAAUAAUAUGGUUGUAUUAUGUAUAACCGCUAUAUAACUAUUGUAAAUCGCUUUUAUAAUUGAAUAUUCCCUGUAAUAUAUGAUGAUAAUAUGUAUAAUUAAUGUUUUGUUUAAUUUUAAUAAAUAAUUAUUUAUUUUAACUACGUUCGUAUUUUCUGUAUAGGUAUUGGUAUGUAAGUUUUAUUUAGCUUGCCGAAUUGACUCGCUUUGUUACUAAUAACACGAUUGGAGUGAUCGAUUUGUUACUUGCCAUUGGUAUCACAAAUCCAAAUAGUUAAGUUUUGAUGCAACUCUAUAUUAGUUCACAGAUCGUUGUUCCGACGGUUUUAAUUAUUUAUAAUGCUUUUAUCUGUAAUAUAAUUGCUCAAAAUUGUAUCCCAUGAAUUAUGUGAUAGUCUAUUGAGAAGGUAAAACGUCCAAUAGGAUUAGGGACUCGAAGACAGGAGUUUUCGUGGGACUGACCAUUGUAUUUUUUAUAUUUCGAGAUUUUUUAUUCACGAUUCUACAAAGUUACCAUGCUGUUGUACUGAUAUCAUUGUAAAUUAUUUUAAUCUUGUUACUGUGGCAUUCUUUAUUACUUUAUUGUGAACAUUUUGAUUAGAUCUCGAACUAGUUUGAGUUAGAGGGAGAAAACUGAAUAAAACGUAGUAUGUAUUAUCUAACGAUGUACAGGAGAUUAUCGAACUUGUCGCUUAUAUAUAAAUAUAGUUGUUAGUGAUGCUCACUUAACGUACAGUGCCAUGGCGCACCAAAAUGUAUUAGUAAUACAAUAAACUAUUUGUAUCGUAGUAACGAGUAGACGAAUUGGAAAUGCGGGUAGCCGUAGAGACGCGCUUGUCAGAUGUUUAUAUGUACAACGUAUGCGUCUUAUAUGUAUGUAUUGUAUAUCUGUAGAUUUUUUAUUAAAAUGUUACUCUUAUGGCGCGUUUAAUUACAACUUCAUAGUCAAUUCUGUACUGGCUAAACAAGUAGGACUUCCCGAUCAGACUUUUCCGUUGUACAAAUUGGUGUGUUUGCAUUUGUUGACUGUGGUCAGAUAAGACCUUAUUGACACCACCGACUUAUCACUCUGGCCAGAGUCUGCCGCUAAUUUGUAUCGUUACAUUGAUAUCAACCGAAGUUCUGCGUGUUUGGUCAAUAACUUGUUCAAUUAUUUUUGCGUUUAGCGUGGCAUACCUUUGGCCUGUAUAUGGGCGGUAUUAUACUGAGUCGUCUAUGUAAGAGGAAGUGUCCCUAUACAGGCUAGAGUGGAUGUCUGACAGGCCAUACAGUCAGUUUCUUCGACCUGCCUAGUAAAGAUCAAUGUCAGUAUAAUUUGUAAGUAGGAACGUAAUUUUUUUAAGUACGAUGUAUGUAUUUUGGUGCUGCAUUACUAAUUUAUUUGUUUUCAAUUUAACUAUGAAUGACCAACUGUCUUUUUAUAUGAAGCGAAAACAGACUUAAUAUUGUAUAAAUUUGAAUAUUUUGAAUAAAUUUCGCUCUGAA